AUGGAAAAGUGGACAAAAAAAAAGUCCAAAGAAUUACCGAUGAUUCUAUUUAUUGACCAAAUUAUUGAGAGUUCUGAAGAUCUCUUUACGCAAUGGGUACACCUUUUCCAUAUACGAACCAUUGGUAGUUUUCGAAGGCCUUGUACAAGCACCCCGGAAAAAGUCGAAGCCAUGCUUACCGUUACUCACAUAACUUAUGCUGUUUUAAUUACUUUGUUCAUUCAUACUUUAAUUAUUCGUCUUACGUUAAUCCAUCAUCUUUGGUUUUCUAUGUCAAAUAUUGAUUCAGACUCUAUACAUUCCAUCGAUUUCCCUCCACCCGUCCCACCAAAGGAUGAUAUUCGUCCUAUGGUCCCACCAAAAGAUUUUCCAAGAACUUUCAUCUCAAUCAUUGAUCCUUCUAGCUCUAGCGAUUUGAAUUCUAACGAAACUCCCUCAGCACCAAAGGCAACUGCUACAAUGAAUAACAAAAGAUUUUCAUUUCCUGCUUUAGGUUCACUGUUUACUAACAGAGCAACAACUACAGACAAUGAUGUCCCUCGGAUAUCUUCUCGCCCUGAUAGUAUGUUUUCAAAAAUUUCAUCAUGGUGGUCAAAUUUGAGUAGACUGAAACCAAGAAAUACUGCAAAUGUUGCUCCGAUAACGAUACCUUCAACAUCAUCUUCGGCCACAUCGUUAAUAGCUCCUCAUAUAACGAAUGAUGUAGAUAAUAUUCAGUCUCCAAAAGCUAAAAAACCGAAGAACAUAACCGAUUUGUUUCGGAGGAUGAAUGAACAUUUAAUUCCUGAAUUCUCAAUACCGUCCAGAAGUCAAUCCAUUAAAAGGACUAGUUUUGGAACCUUUAUAGAAAAAUUAAACCGUAAAUUUUCUUUUAAUUCUGGAUCUCGGUCAACCAGAUCGUCUAAAAAUCAGUCGAUAUCAUCUCGAACUAAUCCAUCAAAAACUGAUUGGUCCUCUUCUGCUUCUACUUAUCAUAAUGGAGAUGUUACAAAAGCUGAUGGUAAGCAAAAACAAAAGAUGAUAGUUGACGGUCAUGAUCUUACAGCCUCAACUCAAACCUUAUGCCCUGAUGGAUCUUCAAUUUCAACAACUCAUUCAACUGCAGCUGAAUCUCAUAACAAUGAAGAUGAGAAUAAUGAAGAUAUAUCAGCAGAAGUUUUGGCUCCUUUAAGAUAUAAUUCGUCAGAUGAUACGAUAAAAGGUGCCUCAGGAACAAGCCGUCAUAGUCGAUUACUUGAUAUUUUCACUCCUAAAAGCUCUUCUCAACGUGGUUCAACCUCUUCUCGUGUAAGUCGUGGAAGUGUUGUUCAUACAACAAAUGGUGUUCCCAAUCGUCAUAUCAGGAUCAAUUCAACUAUUAUAAAAGAUCCAACAAGCUUAGAUGACACACAACGAGAGAGUUAUGAGAAUCGACUUUCUUCACAAAUAAGCCCAAAUGCUGAGAUUCCAUAUUAUACAAUUGAUACUGAAGGAGAGGAUAGCAUAUCCGGUAAUGAUACAACAACAGAAGGACAAACUAUGUCACCAUUGCGCCUUUUUAAGAAGAAAUUCUACCAAAAUUUCCUAUCCUCCAAUAAUCAAGAGAUGAAUUCAAAAAAUAAGGUCGAGUCCACAUCAGCGAUAGUCGAUCGUGGAAAUGUACCUAGUUCUAGUCAUGAUACUACAUCUAAUAAAAAACCAUUUUCUCGUAAAUUGUGGUUUGCAAAAUCUUAUGAUUCUGAAGAUCCAUCGGCUUUUCAAACCCGUCCUGAUUCUCUUGUUGCCAAUAUUAAAGUGACAAUUCCCUUAAAAUAUGCGAGGGAUGCUUUUUCCAAUCCCCAAUUAAUAGAUAACAAAGGCCCUGCUAUAUUAAGUAAUUGCCGAAUAGCAUUUAUUCCAAUUAAUUUCUUUGACGGACUUCAUAAUAUUAAAGAACUUUUUCUUGAUCAAAAUUCCCUGAGAGGUCUAUCUGAAGAAAUUUUAAAACUUACCAAAUUAGAAAUAUUAGAUCUAAGCAAUAAUUGUAUUUCACAAUUUAACCCAAGAUUAAAAUUUAAAAAGAUGAAAAAUUUACGCCGUAUAAAUUUGGACAAUAAUGUACUAUCUGAUAUAACGAACAUAUGUAAAAUUAAGACUUUAAGAGAAUUAAGAGCUAAUAAUAAUUUCUUAGGGACAUUAACAAUGGACAUUUCAAAAUUAACAAAGUUACGAUUAUUAUAUUUAGACAAUAAUCAACUUGAAAACCUACCUGAUUCAGUCGGUCGAUUAAAGUCCUUAUGUGUGUUACGCCUAAACAACAAUAAUAUUGAAAGAUUACCAUCAUCGGUGUGUUCAUUGCGUCAAUUAAAAGUUCUGGAACUGAAGUCAAAUUUAUUAACACAAUUACCAGAAAACAUCAAGGAAUUGGAAAGUUUAGCCAAACUUGAUGUUUCCAACAAUCGACUCACUUCACUCCCGAAUGACAUUGUAAAAUGUAGUAAAUUAACUCAUUUGAACGCAUCUAAUAAUAAGCUUGAAUCUAUACCACCUAAAUUUGGACAACUUUAUCGACUGAUUACUCUUAAUCUUCGUCAAAAUCAAAUCAAUAAUCUUCCAGUUGACUUUGGCAAGCUUACAAAUUUAUCAGAUUUGGAUUUGUCUUAUAAUGAAUUGGUCGUAUUACCAGAAGGUUUAGGAAACCUUAAGAAGCUUACCGAAAUUAAAGUCAACAAUAAUCCAUCAUUAUUGGCAAUUCCAGACACAUUACAGAAAUUAACACAAAUAAAAAAGAUUUAUUUACAACAUUGUAAUCUAAGCUCACUUCCAUUUAUAAUGGGAGAAACAUAUAAUCAACUUAAAUAUGUUAACAUAUCUUAUAAUUUAUUCGAUAAUAUCCCUAACCUACAAGGAAUGAACAAUGUCACUGUAUUUAACAUUUCAAAUAAUCGAAUAGUUGAUUUGACAGAAAAAAUAGAUCAAUUAGAAUCUUUAUGCGAAUUGUACGUUAUGAACAACAAACUAACACAAAUACCAAAAUCAAUUGGUAAUCUAAAAAAUUUAGAAAUAUUGGAUGUUUCUGAGAACUUGCUCGUUGAGUUACCAUUAUCAAUUGGUGAUUGUCAAAACUUAAGAGAACUUAAAUUACGAGGUAAUUCAUUAGAGAAAUUACCAGCAACUUUAAGACAUUUGACAAAUUUGGAUAUAUUCCAUAUUGGACAAUGGCCAACAACCGAAUUCAAAGUAAUACAUGAUGAAACUCAACAAGAAAAUUUGAAAUUGAGUCCGUAUCAAGCCAAUAUUCCACAAGACGUUGAACGUACAUUAUUAUGGAGAAUGCAUGAUUCAAUAUUAAAACGAUUAAGAGAAAUUGAUUCCAGUGAUGGGACUUCCGUAAAAUCUUUAAAGAGUUCAAAUGAAAGUAAUGCUUCACAAUAUGGUGGAACUCAUUUAUUAACACCAGAUCUUUCACCGAGUUCUUCAUCGUCGAGGGAUGAUGUAAUAUUAAAAAUGACGGUUUUGAAAGGAGUUUAUGAUCAAAUUAUGAAAGACAUGCGUUACCAUGAUAAAGAGACAAGUAAUGAUGAUAUAACCGAACCUUCAGAUAGUGUGAGGAAAAAAUUUCCAAAAUUUAAAGAUUUUAAAUUUUUAAAAAUUGGUGAUAACAAGUAA